UGGCGCUCGCUGUGCGCAGCAAAUCCCUUGGAGGUGGGGGAGAAGCGGCUUCCGUGACAGCGGAGGGAGGAGGGAAAUAAAACAAAAUAAAACAAACCAAAAUAAAAAGAGAGAAGAGCCAAGAAAGCACUUGCUUCUCAUCAUCUCUCAGGGACCAAAGCCAACUCUUCUUCUUAUGACCCCGCGCUGCAGGGAGGAGAGGCAGAGAAGGCACCGGGGGCAGCUGCUGACAAAGCGGGGUCCGGGCUGUCCGCCCCCCCGGGACGUGCCACGGGCCGGGCAGGGCUGCCAGGGCCGAGCCGAGCACAGCCGAGCCGAAACCGCACGGAAAGCGAGGAGCAGCAAUGAAAGUUUCGGAAUAGCAUCCGAAGGAGCGCCUGCCGAGGAGCGCAGCGAGCAGAGCCCCCGAUGGUGCAUCCCAGGGGCUGCGACAGAGAUGUGAGCGUCCCCUGCCCGCUGCAGGGACAGGGGUGAAGGCACCGAGACACCUCGCUAUUUAUUUAUUUAUUUAUUGGGAGCAAUGUAUGGGUGACACCCAGAAGGCAUCUGAGCCCUGAAAAAAAAAAAAAAAAAAAAAAAAUCAAACCACCUCUGGACCCAAAAGAGAAGGAGAAGAAUGAGACAGCAGCCUUGACCCCUACACUGAGAGGAAAGAAAGGAAACACAGAAAAGCCAUGCAAGCACCAAACCUGUAAAUUACUGCAGGUCUUUUUUUUUUGCUUCACUGAGGACAAAUAUUUUACUGACAGCCAUGCAGCAUAAAGGCAUCAUGCUGAUUGUGUUCUUGGAAUAUUUUAUUUCUGGACAUGGAGAAGCAGAUCCCACGAGGCCACGCGCCUUCCGCUGCAGCGGCCGCGCCUGCAACCCUCCCGUGGGGAACCUGGCCACGGGAAGGACACCAGUGACCAGCACCACGUGUGGCCAGAACAGCACUGAGCUCUUCUGCUUCUACCCAGAGCAGAACCUCCUCCAUCACCCCUCCCCUGGCUGCGGGCAGCCCCGCUGCACCAAGUGCAACAUCAACCAGCCCGAUAACUCGCACCUCCCUGCUGACAUGACAGAUGACUUCUUUGCAAACCCCAUGUCCUGGUGGCAGUCUGCCCAAGGGGUGCACAGAGAAGAAAUCAGACUGGACUUUGAAACAGAAUUCUACCUGACCCACGUCAUUGCUGUGUUCAAGUCACCUCGCCCAGCUGCGAUGGUGUUGGAAAGGUCCCAGGAUUAUGGGCAGACUUGGAGGCCCUACAAGUAUUUCUCUGUCAACUGUACAGCUACUUUUGGGCUCCAGGAUGAUCUCGUUGAGGAAGGCUCCAUGUGCACUUCCAGGUAUUCAGAUGCAGUGCCCUGCACCAGAGGGGAGGUGAUUUAUCGUGCCUUAAGUCCGGCCAACAAGAUCGAAGACCCUUACAGCCCUGAGGCUCAGGAUCUCCUGAAGCUCACCAACCUCCGCCUGCUUCUGCUGAAAAGGCAGGAAUGUCCCUGCCAUGGCUCAGGAUUGGUAGAGAAACCCCAAAGAUUUGCCCACUAUGCCAUUUAUGACCUGAUCAUCCGGGGGAGCUGCUUUUGCAAUGGGCAUGCAGAGGAAUGUGAGCUUGCCAACAGGACAGGAGUCAUGGAGAACAUGGUCCACGGGAAGUGUGUGUGCAGACACAACACUGCAGGUGACCACUGUGAGAGAUGUGCUCCACUCUACAACGACCAGCCUUGGAAGCCAGGAGAUGGGAAAACAGGGGCACCGAAUGAAUGCAGAAAGUGUCGCUGCCACAGCCACGCUGAGAGCUGCCACUUUGACCUGAGCGUGUGGCUGGCCUCGGGGAAGCGCAGCGGGGGCGUCUGCGACAGCUGCCAGCACAACACCGAGGGACAUCGGUGCCAGAGGUGCAAACCUGGCUUUUACAGAGACAGAGGCAAGCCCCUGUCUUCUCCAGACGUCUGCAAACCCUGCGCCUGCCAGCCCAUGGGUUCAGCCAACACCACGUUCAGCAGCAGCUGGAGGUGCCACCCCCGGACAGGAUUCUGCUACUGCAAGCCAGGAGUGGCAGGUCCCAGCUGUGACAGGUGCCUGGUGGGCUACUGGGGCUUUGGAGAAAGCGGCUGUCGGCCCUGCGACUGCGCCAGAGACUGCGACCAGCGCACUGGGACCUGCUUCCAUGGCUAUGACAGUGAGCCCUUCUUUAAUGUCCCCAUUGGGGGACGAAUCCCCGACCUCAUCCAAACCCCGAGCAACGAGAGCGAAGAGGAGUGGAAAUGGAACGACCACGAGCAGGGAUUUUCUGCACUGAGGCACCCAGAAAAGUGUGUGUGCAAAGAGAAGGUGCUCGGGAGUGUCAGUGACUUCUGCCAAAUGAAAUAUGCUUAUGUAAUAAAAGCAAGAAUCCUGUCUGCUCAUGACAAAGGGACCCAUGCAGAAGUUGUUGUGAAAGUGAAGAAGGUCCUGAAAUCAGGCAAGGUGAAAAUUGCCCGGAGCAACAGAAGCAUUUACCCAGAAUCCUGGACCAACAGGGGCUGCACAUGUCCCAUUCUCAAUCCUGGUACUGACUAUCUCAUAGCAGGCCAGGAGGACUCUAGGACUGGCAAACUCCUCGUGAACAUGAACAGCCUGGUGAAACCCUGGAAGGCAUAUUUGGGAAAACAAGUAUCAGAUAUUCUCAGAACUGGAUGCAAAUAAUUUCUGCUUCAGAAAUUACAGUGCUGGACUUUGCCUUUUAGUAACACUGCAGUGAAAGGUGUAGUUAGUUCAAGCAUUCCCAUUCAACAUGCUCCUAGCUGAAGCAAGGAAAGCAGACUUGCCAUCCCUCCUUUCAUGUGCUUAGACAGGAAACUUGGGACAUGACUACUUUUUUUAAAAAAUACACAGCCUUAUCAUACAAAAUUACCUAGUGCAUCAUAUAUAGAUCACAAGUCAGUUCUUCACUUGAGCCUGAUUCCAGCCAGAAUCAUUUUACAAGGCAAAACUAAAGACCUGUAGUAGUGUUUCCAUACUUCAGGUCAGAGUCUGAUAUUAAUAUGCAUAAACUGCUUUCAUAAUACAUUCAUUACUGGAGUGUAAAUUUUAUUUAUAAGUGACCACUAAAAGGCAGCAAUUUCUUUCAGCUUUACAAGUGGCAUAAUACUAAAUAAGCAUAUAAGAUAGCUCAAACUGAUUUACCAUCAGACUGCAAUUAUGCCAAUAUAAUAGGCUGCUUUCUAGAAGCCAAUAUUAUCCCACUGCCUACAGAAAAUGUGUGGCUUAUCUUGGGACAGUGUCCUUUAGAGAUGUGCAUCAUGUAUCAUCAAUGCCUAGUGCUGAGCUCUGCUGCAGAAACCACCUUGGCUCAAACUCCAUCCCAAACCCAGCUCUGUGCUCUUGUACUUAGUGUGCAACACCACAAAGGUUUCACAGCAAUAACUGCAAAUAAGCCUUAAUUACAGGAAAAAGCCAAAGUGUGAGAAACUAGCAGCUGCUCUAAUACUGAAAUUGUGGCACUACAAAAGCCACAAAGCAGAAACAGGAGGUAAAUGGAUUGGUGGGAGCAUGUAUCACAUGAGGUAAGCUGUAGUUCUGGGAGAGCAACCUGGCUGCUCCAACUGUGCUCAAGACCACUGGCCUUCGGCUGCACUUAGUGCUUUCAUUGUGCUUUAUUUCUCUUGGUCACACUUCAGGGUAAGAUGCUGAAGCUCUGCUUCCUUCCCAUAGUGCCUGAGGAUUAUUUCUCCCUCUGCAAAAGUACAGGAGUAGUAACAUCUGCACUUCAGGUAAAAUUAGUUCUGCUUUGCAGAAGCAUUAUUUCUAAAUCAAUUUUAUCCUACAAUAAUCAAGAGAUAGCUACUUAAAUCCUUCCCUAACACAGAGGAAAGUGAAGUUUGAGAUGUGUGUCCCAAAUUUAAUUUACAACCAAAUGAAGUUGAUUGGAGCACUCUCUCUUCAACGAAGCAAAAAUCACAAUGAAUCAAUCCAAAUUCUUCCAGGGAGUUACAGAGAAAGAGAAGCACACAUGCUACUUUUGCAUGUUUCAAUUCCAUGGCUAAUUUUUAAUGCUCCUAGGGAAGAGGAGAUGUUUUCAUUUAGCACUGUCUGACUGGUAAGUGGGACACCUAGAAACCCUAAUACUAAUGCAGAACAACAGAAGUCCAGCCUACAACUUAAGCCAUGGUUUUGUUCUCUUUACCAAUGAAAACAAAAAUUCAGCCUCUUCCAUUCUAUUUACUGCUAUUUUACUUUGAAUUUCACAUUGACUGAACAGCAGAAAUAUCUUUAGCUCAUUUGGAAAUGGAUGACAGGCAGAUCUUUAAGAAAGAAAAAAGCUCCAAUUUGUUUCUCAACAGUGUUUCUAGUGUUCCCUCCUCCCUCCUUUUCAGGAAAUUUCCCUUCCUCCACUGCUUUCCCCCUUUCACUUCAUAAUUUAUUUGUUGUUACCUAAACUGGUAUCCAACAAUGUGGCAUCUCCAACAAGCUAUUUAAUUAAUGCAAUAAAACACUUUUUAACCAAGGCAUUUGGCAGAAUUUGAAAUGUCAGCCUUAUGAAAUUAGGAGCCCAGCAACUGCUUUCUUUACUGUCUCCAGAAAUUGUCUCACAAUAAAAAGAUUAACUAGUUCUCUUUCAAAUAUCAAUAAAGACCUGUACAUGAAUUUACAGGCUGAUCUCAAAGGGCCUCUCAGAAGAAAUGAAAUUCAAGUGUAGGUUUACAAUUAACCUAAGGAAUGUGCUUUUCAACAGGACCAUUUUACCUGUAGGGGAUCUUAUUUAAUGACAAUGAGGAUAUUCCAUGUUGGUUUAUAGUCAGCACCAUAUUAAAGCAAACACCUCUAUUGUUUUUGUGCCAGACUGGUGGUUUUGUGGGGAGGGUAAACAUCUGCAUAGUUCUUCUCUGUCAAUAAAAGUUAUUUUUUGACA